UUGGACAACGAAUGAAUCUGAAAUUCCACCGAAACCCGGAACACUCAAAGUAUGGUGACUACAGUGUUACUCCUACCAGACUGGACGAAAGCGCCACGGUGAAAGGAAAGUGGGGGGUUUGACACAGGUUUUUAGAGGAGAAAGAAGGUUAGACGGAUUUUCUGGUUUUAACGUUGCAGACUUUGCUAGUAGUACGCUAGUUCUCCAACCAGCUCCAUUAGCUUAGCCGGCUAGCAAGCUAACAAGCGGAUAGCGGUACACUCAAGGAAAUGUGGUGCGAGCUUGUCUGGAGAUCUUUAAUUUUGUUGAGAUUUUCAUUUUAGCACUGUCUACUGUGAAAUGUUGUGGUAGCUAUUGCAAAGUAGUGAGAGCUUGGGAGCUUGGACAAGGUGAAGUGACAGACGAGGAGGUAACUGUGAGGUUGGGUUGCUCGGAUAGUUAUGAGCAGUUUCAACAUUACAACCAAAACCUCCACGUUGAGCUCUUCUUUGAGCCCCGACAGUAAAGGUUCACCGGUCAGCGUUAACACUACCAACAACAACAAGGAGUGGGAUCUGGGAAACGAUGUGUUUUCGUGCUGUCACGAGAUGAGUCCCAUGGACGGCGCGAUGCAGGCAGGGAUGUCCUCGGUCCAGUCUGGACUGGACGGACACCUGCCGCUUCUACACGCCAAACACCACAGCACCCAGUCCGGGUUGUUGUUGAACCUGAGUUCCCCUGGAGCCUACCUCGACAGCAGCUCUCUGGAGUACAGCGACAACGACGGGAACAACGUUGGUCCGUUGUUCGAGAGGAGAAAGAGGUCGCGGUCCAACAGCUCCAGACACCGCUUCAACGAGGUGGUCACGGAGCUCGGACCUGAGGAGGUGCGGUGGUUUUACAAAGAGGACAAGAAAACUUGGAAGCCCUUUGUCGGGCAUGACUCGCUUAAUAUCGAGCUUAUGUUUCGGAAAUACUGCGAGCUGAACCCUGGUGCAGCAGGCCCCCGGGUCAGCGUCGGGGAGGAAGAGUGCAGUAAUAACCGUGUGGAAAGCAAAGGGCUGAACGGUGCAGUGCCGGUGGAGACGAGGACCAGCAGUGUGCACGGAGGCCGGGGAUCCCUGGACACAUCCACUGUGUCCUCGGAAGAGAGGGACCCUGACAGCAUUGAAAUCAAUGUUGAGCCUGUGUGUGUCCGGGGAGGACUCUAUGAGGUGGAUAUUAAAGAGAGAGAAUGCUAUCCUGUUUACUGGAAGCAGCAAGACCAUAUUUCAGUGAUGAGAGGCCAGUGGUUUAUUGACGGUACCUGGCUCCCGUUAGAGGAAGAGGAGAGUGACCUAAUCGAGUAUGAGCACCUGAACCAUUUCCGUGGACAACAGAUGCAGGACACAUUUGAGACAGAUUUGGUCGUCAGGACCGUCGAUAGCAAAGAUGCCAUCCACAGUUUGAAGCUGAGUCGGACCCAUGUGGAUUGGCACAGCGUGGAUGAGGUCUACCUCUACAGCGAUGCCACCACUUCCAAAAUUGCACGCACCGUCACUCAGAAACUGGGCUUCUCCAAAGCCUCCAGUAGUGGUACACGGCUCCAUCGGGGUUAUGUUGAGGAGGCCUCACCUGAGGACAGACCCCCUCAGACUACACACGUUGUCUUUGUGGUCCACGGGAUUGGACAAAAGAUGGACCAGGGACGCAUUAUUAAAAACACUGGAAUGCUGAGGGAGGGCGUAAGGAAGAUGGAGGAGAAACACUUCUCGGAGAACAAUGAGGAGCAUGUGGAGUUCCUGCCUGUUGAGUGGCGCUCCAAACUUGCACUGGAUGGAGAUACAGUAGACUCAAUCACACCAGACAAAGUGAGAGGACUGAGAGAUCUCCUCAACAGCAGUGCUAUGGACAUCAUGUACUACAACAGCCCCCUAUACAGGGACGAGAUCACCAAGGGCCUAACACAGGAACUAAACAGACUGUACACACUUUUCUGCUCCCGCAAUCCUGAGUUUGAGGAGAGGGGAGGGAAAGUUUCCAUCGUGUCUCACUCCCUCGGCUGUGUCAUCACCUACGACAUCAUGACAGGGUGGGAUCCUGUGCGCUUCUGCCUGCAGGAGCAUCACGCUGUGGAAGAGGAGCUUGACCUGCGCUGGAUGUCCUAUGAGGAGAGGCAUGUUUUGGACCAGCUACGGCUCACAAGGAAUAGGUUGCAAGAGCUGGAAAAUCAGCUCCUCACACUGGAGGCCUCUAAACCAACAGCACCCCCAGCCCUCAAAUUUAAGGUGGAGAACUUUUUCUGCAUGGGUUCGCCUCUGGCAGUGUUCUUGGCCCUGAGAGGCAUCCGCCCUGGUACAAGCUGCCACCAGGACCACAUCCUUCCCACCUCCAUCUGCAGCAGGCUCUUCAAUGUCUUCCAUCCCACAGACCCUGUGGCCUACAGACUGGAGCCCCUCAUCCUCAAACAUUACAGCAAUAUUGCACCUGUUCAGAUACACUGGUGUAGCGCCACAAACCCCACACCCUACAAUGAGAUCCGGCCAACCUUCCUCAACCCAGUCAAAGACCCAACAUCUGACACUGAGAGCAUCCCCAGCCCGAGCACUUCUCCUGUCCUCCCCCGCAGGCACUAUGGAGAAUCCAUCACUAGUCUGGGCAAGGCCAGCAUACUGGGAGCGGCAAGCAUAGGGAAAGGUAUCGGAGGCAUCCUCUUCUCGCGUUUCUCCCGCUCCAACAGCCAGCCUUCGGUGUCUUUAGGACUCGAUGGAGGGGCAAACACUGAAGAAGAGGAGCAGAAGCGGGCAGAAAGCCAGUCAGCAUAUGGCCUCUCCACCAUGACACGGCCCACCUCACCCAUUACUGACACAACAUUGGAGCUGGAGCGGCGCAUCGACUUUGAGCUGCGAGAAGGUCUGGUGGAGAGCCGCUAUUGGUCAGCAGUUACCUCACACACAGGCUACUGGUGCUCACAUGAUAUAGCACUCUUCUUGUUGACCUUCAUAUACAAGCAGAAGACACCCUCUGACCCAGCAGAGGAUACUCCAGAGCCAGAUUGAGAAAGCACAGUCAUUACAACACACACUUGAAUAUAACUUGACCCUGAAAGGGUGCGUCAUCUUUUUGACAAAACACAAAAAUAGACUUCAUCCAUUUAUUUUUCAUGCACACAAACUGAUUGAAAUCACUAAUCUCUUUCAUUUAUCUCCCCGUGAUUCAGCUUCUUUAACACUUGGAAAUCAUUACUGACAAACUGACGUCAUUCCAAGAUGUGCAUUUUUGUCUCUUUGUGUUGUUGUGUAGUUUGUACACAAUUGUGCACCCUAAGGGUGACAGUGUUGGACCAGGAACCCCUAAGGAGGUGCACCCUUUGCCAGUAUGACCACAAGUUGCAUAUAAACAUGGAAUAUGAGUCUAAUGAGUUUGAAGCACAGAAAUUUGUUGCACCCAGCAGAAGAAAGUUCUAACUUUGUCCCCAAGUCUUCAACCUUAAGCAACAAAUGCAGCCUGUUGGAAAAGUGUCCAUACAUUUCAUUUUACUGUUUCUAUCCAGCCUCCAUCCCAGUGACUCAGUCUGGAGCCUUGAGACACACUUGCCUGACCCUCGGCCACAGAGGCUUUGAUUCUGUGAUUUUUUUCUUUGAUGUGAAGGAGAGACAAAUAUAAAUGUCAACAACAGUAGUAAACCUUUAUGCUAACAAGCGAAUGCAAUGCCUUUCAACAUUAGCCAAACAAUGUUACACAUGAAGAAUAUUUCUGUUUAGUUUUUUUUUCUGAACAAAAACUGAGGGCAUUAUCCCUUUAACAAUGUUUUGGAAGUAUGAAGAAAGACAUAACAAACUUGCUAUAUUUAGUUUGUUUUUCUUCCUCUAUGAUAUAUACCAUAGUUUGUCUCUUGAAAUAGAUAUGCACUAAAUAAAACGAGUGAAUCACCACUUUUAUAUACUACACACUAAAACCGAAUUUCCCUUCAUGUUUAGUUUUCAGUAACUAAACAGUUACAGUGACAAGUGUUAAGGAUAAAAUGUCUCUUAUUACAACUGUUACAGCUGAACACCUUUCAGGACAUCCUUAGUUUCCAAGUAAAAAUACAUGUACAGAGGUUUACAGCCAUAUGAGGCUUGUAUCAUGAUACUUAAACAAGUUGUGGGCAUGUAUAGCUAUUUUGUUACACGCAGAUUAUGAAUCCAGAUCAUAGUCUUAAAAUCUCUUGAUGAUGUCAUUUACUAGACAAGAGGUCUCACUCAAAAUGAUCACACUCACUCAAACUAAUUUCCAUGCUUCUAUAGUAAGGAUGAGGUAUGGAGAGAAUUUUCUGUGCUCAUAUCUUUAUAUUGAUAUCCAGAUGAAGUCAGUGGUACUAGAUGUAUUUUUUCUUAAAAAAAAAAAAGACAUAUUUUUCUUAGCAAUUUUCAGGCUCUUGUGGGUAUAAACCUAGAUCUCAUCUCGGGAUUCAAACUUGUGGCCAAAUAGCAGUUAUGUGUCUAGCUUAUUAGCUUCUCUACUUUAGUGAAGCUAAGGCAAAUUUUUAUUCCAUAUAAUUGGCCUAAGGUGAAAAUAGAUCCUUUUUUAUUUUGUGGCUUUUGUGGUACACUGCACACAAAAGGUAAUUGUAUCUUGUUCGCCUUUUUUGUGAAUUGGUGACUAAUUCACACUUCCCCCUUUUGAGUCAUUGAUAUGUCAACUUGUUUUUAUUUGUGUUAAAAAUGGGCUUCUUUAGUCUUAAAAACCUAUGUGUUUUACAGUCACUACACCCAUGUGAUUGCCUAAUUGACACUACUUGCAAAUUUAAAUAUGGACAACUAGAUACAACAAAUACCAUUUUUGUUUUUCUGUCUUAUGUUCUAACAUGGUCCUUUAAAAACACACCCAGUAGUAAUUCUGAAGAAAUUAGAAAGCUUGCUCACUCUGAAUGGUGUCAUUUUAAUACUUAAUGGAUGUUGGAACAAGAAGACCUUGCAGGGAGUGCCAACACACAUCCAAGAAACUGCUUUGUGGUCUUUACUGAGUAGAAAACCACUUAUGAUUGUUUACGGAUGUCUCGUGAAAUCAUUUAUAAGGCAAUGGCAAUGGAUGAAGAAAUGGAACCACCCUCAGAUUAAUGCUUAUGGAGAUACAUGUGACAGAUUUGAUUACUGUCAGUGUCAAAUUUGCUUGUUGUAAUAGUUAUCAAAGAGCUUAUUUUAGUAUGCUAUGGUGCAAGAUGCUGCUUUUCUGUUCCACACAAUCAAGGGCUGUUUGGAAUCAAUUUAUUAGUAUUAAAUGUCUGUGUUAUAUGUGCAAAGGCCUACUGACUGAAACCAGGCUGCCUUUCAGAUGACCAGAUAGGUAAUCGGGAAGUAGUGCGGAAACAGGGACAAGUGAGAGUGAUACGAAAGUGUUUCUACAUUUGACCUGGUGGAUCUUGCACAUUCAUCAGCUAUAAAUUGCACAGAAAUGAUGUAGAAUCCAGCCCAUCGUUGAUUUUAUGUAUUUCUUCUUUUUUUUUUUUGCAUGUGUUACAUUGCAGCAAGAGUGAAGCAACUUUAACAUGUUACUGGCACAGCAGGAAUGCUAUUUACCUUGGAAACCUUUGAAAUGCAAUGCAAAAUACAAAAACUGUUCCAUUGUUGCCUCUGCAUCUUUAAAUAACACUGUGGAUUCAGACACAGCAGAUACGUAUUGUAGGAGUGUGGAAGGACCCUCGUAACAAUAACAACAAUGUUCCUGCCAGUGUUUGUGAUUUGGCUGCAAGUUUCCAAAAUGUAUGUGAACUUUGCACAUUUUACAUGAGAGCAAUUCUUGAUUCAUGCACAAAUUUUUAACUGUGUUCACUUUGCAUGCUAACAAAAAGCAACUAAACUGGAGACAAUUAAAGCGAAUUUUGUCAGUUUUGUCAUUGUAGUUUUGACUACAUGAGCAUUCAAUGCACAGCAUUUUGAAAGAUGACAGUAUAUUUAUUUAUUUUUGUUAAAGGCACCACAAACAUCAGGGAAAUGUCUACUGUAACUUUUUUUGUAAAUUCAACACUCCAGUUUGAAGCCAUCAUUAAGUCAAAGGAUCAAGUGCUAUCACAGGCAUGUUGUCAGUCUUUAAAAUGUUCAGAAGUUGAUAAAGAAGGGCCUACAGCCAUAUGUAACCAGACAGAAAUGCGCAUUGAAACUUAUUGUGCGUGUUUUGGAUGAAAUGUGUUAAAUUUGUGUCAGAUACCACUGUUGCUCUAACUUUGAAUGGAUGUCUGGCAAAGUGUUUUUUUUUUUUAUGUCUGUCCCUAGAGCUGUGCAAUAACCCAUGCCUGUAAUGGAUUCUAACUGCCAUCCAAAGCACUGUAUUUAUUUCCUUUUAUUAAAGCAUUUCUUUUUUGGA